AUGCGCAUUGGAGCACGAGGAAAGGUUGGUUAUCUGACCGAAGUAAAGGCUGAACCUGCCAUGAAUUCUGCAGAGUAUGAAGCUUGGGCCACAGACAAUGAAAAAGUGAAAACUGUAGUUCAAGAGACUUCAGCAAUGUCCUGGAUGCGUGUUCACAUGUUUUUGAGUGGACUUGACCCAGAGUAUGAUCAGCUCUUCCCAUUGAAGGAACUUUGUAUGCAUACACGAAACAAUCCUCAAGGAGCCUUGAUACCUCUUGAUAACGAGCUAGAGAAGAGCUUGAAAUUAAGGAAGAACGAACACGGGCAAACGUCACAAGUACAAACCCAAGACAUCACCAAGGACCUUGAAGACAUUAAAAUAGAAAUUCUGCCACCAACUUCACCUCAACGUUUUGAAGAAGAAGAGCGAGAACCAAUGGCAAGUAUACGACAACUCUCAUCCACCAGUGCAGGAAACACCAUCCCAACAUGCAUCACCUAUCCUGCAGCUGCAGAGGGAAAGGAAGCAGAGUUUGAAUUGAAGUCAGGUCUUCUCCAUAGGCUUCCAAUGUUCCAUGGUCUCUCUAGUGAAUAUCCUAUCAAACAUUUGAACGAGUUUCAGUUUGUUUGUGUGAGCAUGUGCCCCAAGGAAGCAGAUUUGCAAAUUCUGAAGCUCAAGGCAUUCCCUUUCUCACUUAUGGAUCAAGCAAAAGAUUGGUUAUAUGAGCUGCCUUCUGGACACAUCGACAGUUGGGAGGCGUUGACUAGGGCAUUCUUGGAUAAGUAUUUCCCUGCCUCUCGUGUGACAGUGCUUAGGAAGAAGAUCACAGGUAUUCAGCAAGAACAUGAUGAAUCAUUCCAUGCAUAUUAUGAAAGAUAUAAGGCACUUUUGGUGCAAUGUCCUCAACAUGGGAUGAAGGACGAGAACUUGCUCCAAUACUUUUAUGAAGGUCUCACGCCUCUUGAGAGACAAAUGCUUGAUGCAGCUAGUGGAGGAUCAUUCAUCGACAAGUCACCUGCUGCUGCUAAGGAGUUGCUUGAGAAUAGAGCCCUCACGGCUCAACAAUAUGAUGGCUUGAGCUCCGCACGUACAAAAGUCAAUGAGGUAAGUACUAAUAGUCAUCUUGAAGAUAAAAUUAAUAAGCUUACUUCACUUGUGUCUCAGGUCUUGACAACAAAGGGACAAGGAAUGGCUAUGGCAUGUGGAGUAUGCUCCAUGCAAGGACAUGCGACUGAUCAAUGCCCACAACUCAUGGGAGGUGAAGAAUGGGAGCAAGCCAACGCCAUAGGUUUUCAAGGAGGCCAAGGAAGACAAAAAUACGAUCCAUUCUCCAACACCUAUAAUGCUGGACUUAGGGAUCAUCCUAACUUUAGGUGGAGGAAUAAUGACAAUGUGCAAGGACCUCCUCAAGCUCAGAACUUCAACCGUGGACCACCAGGCUUUUAUCAGAAGCCUCAGGCUUUUCCUAACUCUACUCCUUUUAAUAAUUCUCAAAGUUCUAAUAAUGCUGCUAAUUAUGAUGAGAUUAUUAAAACUUUGACUACUUCUACUCAAUCCUUAUUGCAGACUCAACAAAAUACUUCGAUCCAGAUGAACACCAUGAGCAAGGAUGUUGAGGAGUUAAAGAAGCAGAUGGGUCAAAUGAUAGGUGCCAUGAACAAAUUCCAUGAGCAAGGAAAGCUCCCAAGUCAAACAGUUCCAAAUCCAAGGGGAGGAUUCGAAACUGCCAAAGCUAUCACCACCAGAAGUGGCAAGACCCUUCGGGAUGCCCCAAAAGCCCAAAAGGAUGUCCAUAUGGAUGUUGAAGAAGAAGAAAAGGACCCUGCAACGUCCAAGAAGGAGUUGAAGGCAUCACCUAACUCUGAGCAACAACUGAAACAAAAAGGUAAUGAUUCUAACUUGUCAAAUUCAGUUGUUGCUAACUACUCUACUCCUAUGCCUUUCCCAAAUAGAUUUGCUCACGCUAAAAAGGAUGAAAGUGAGAAAGCUAUCUUGGAGACAUUCAAGAAGGUCCAAGUGAAUAUACCUCUUCUUGAGGCCAUCAAGCAAGUUCCAAAGUAUGCUAAGUUCUUGAAAGAGCUAUGUACUACAAGAAGGAGGCUGCGUGAGAAAGAGGUAGUGAAGGUAAGUGAGAACGAGGGAGCUAAGCCAAGUGGAGAGGCUCAACGUCGUCUAAAUCCCCCAAUGAAGGACGUGGUGAAGAAGGAGGUCAUCAAACUCCUCGACUGUGGCAUCAUAUAUCCCAUCUCAGACUCCAAAUGGGUGUCACCGGUCCAAGUGGUGCCUAAGAAGAGUGGAAUCACAGUUGUGAAAAAUGAACAAAAUGAGCUUGUGCCCCAAAGAACCGUAACUGGCCACAGAGUCUGCAUUGAUUAUAGGAAGCUCAACACCACCACAAGGAAAGAUCACUUCCCUUUGCCAUUCAUCGACCAAAUGCUUGAGAGGUUAGCUGGUCAUUCAUUCUAUUGUUUUCUUGAUGGAUAUUCUGGUUAUAAUCAAAUUGCAAUUGCUCAUGAAGAUCAAGAGAAAACAACUUUUACUUGUCCUUUUGGCACGUUUGCAUAUCGUAGAAUGCCCUUUGGUCUUUGUAAUGCCCCUGGUACCUUCCAACGUUGCAUGCUUGCUAUUUUCUCUGAUUAUAUUGAAAAAAUCAUUGAAGUUUUCAUGGAUGAUUUUAGUGUUUUUGGAAUGAGCUUUGAUGAUUGCUUGCAUAACUUGGAUUUGAUUUUGAAACAAUGCAUUGAGACCAACCUUGUUUUGAAUUGGGAAAAGUGUCACUUCAUGGUGACACAAGGUAUAGUGUUGGGUCACAUUGUGUCUGCUAGGGGAAUAGAGGUUGAUAAAGCAAAAGUAGAUCUUGUGCGCUGCUUACCCUCUCCCACUUCUGUGAGAGAGGUUUGUUCUUUUCUAGGACAUGCAGGGUUCUACAGGCAUUUUAUCAAAGAUUUCUCAAAGAUCUCAAGGCCCUUGUGCACACUUUUGCAAAAGGAUGUGGUGUUCAAGUGGACAAAAAAGUGUCAAGAGGCCUUUGACACAUUGAAAGCAGCCUUGACAUCUGCUCCUAUCAUGAUGCCUCCAGAUUGGACUCUUCCCUUUGAAAUCAUGUGUGAUGUAUCAGACUAUGCGGUUGGAGCUGUUCUUGGACAAAGGAAGGAAAAGAAGCCUCAUGCCAUAUACUAUGCCUCAAGGACAUUGAACGACGCCCAACUCAACUACUCAACAACUGAGAAAGAACUCCUUGCCGUGGUCUUUGCACUAGAUAAGUUUCGUUCAUACUUACUUCAAACUAAAAUUAUUGUUUACACUGACCAUGCUGCUUUGAAGUAUUUGUUGUCAAAGAAGGAGGCGAAACCUAGGUUGAUUAGAUGGAUUCUCUUGCUUCAAGAGUUUGAUAUCGAAAUCAAGGACAAGAAAGGGAGUGAAAACGUGGUAGCUGACCACUUGAGUAGACUUGUGCAUGAGGAGGAUGUCCUGCCCUUAGAAGAGAAAUUUCCUGACGAACAACUCUUCGGAAUUGAGGUAAGUAUGCCUUGGUAUGCUGAUAUUGUGAAUUAUCUAGUAACUAGGCAAAUCCCAAACACUUUAACUCGUGCUCAUCAAGAAAAACUCAAAAGUACUGCUAAGCAAUAUGUGUGGGAUGAUCCUUACUUGUGGAAACAUUGUUCUGAUGGUUUGAUAAGACGUUGUGUGAAUGAAUUUGAUGGGCAAGCUGAAGUGUCCAACAGACAAAUCAAGCAGAUUUUGGAGAAAACUGUUGGAACAUCUAGGAAGGAUUGGAGCCAACGAAUUGAUGAUGCAUUAUGGGCAUAUAGGACAGCAUAUAAGACGCGUAUAGGGAUGUCACCCUUUAGGUUGGUGUAUGGGAAAGCAUGCCAUCUACCCGUGGAAUUAGAGCAUAGGGCAUGGUGGGCGGUUAAAGCCUUCAACAUGGACUUGGAUGAAGCUGGUUUGCAUAGGAAGUUGCAAAUCAAUGAGUUGGAGGAGAUACGGAAUGAUGCUUAUGAGAGUGCACGCAUUUACAAAGAAAAAACGAAGGCUUUUCACGAUAAGAUGAUUCGUGGGAAAUCCUUUGUGGUUGGUCAGAAAGUUUUGUUGUUCCACUCUCGCCUCAAACUCUUCCCAGGUAAGUUACGAUCUAGAUGGGUUGGACCUUUUGUUGUUACUCAUGUUUUUCCCCAUGGUGCAGUUCAAAUAAAGAGUGAAGUAACAAAGAAUGAGUUCAAGGUGAAUGGACAUCGGCUCAAACCCUAUUAUGAAGCAUUGGUGGGGAAAAAGGUGGAGGAAGUACCCCUCCAAGAUGCACCACCUUCUGAGGCUUAA